AUGUCUCUAUUAAACUGUGCCAACGCGUUAUCAUAUUUGAACGAAUACAAGCAAAAAGAUGGUUUGUCAGUUUCCGAAUUGAUGGAUUCUAGAAACAACGGUGGUUUAACUUAUAAUGAUUUCCUUAUUUUGCCAGGUAAAAUUGAUUUCCCAGCUUCCGUCGUCUCCUUAGAAUCCAAAUUGACCAAGAAGAUCACUUUGAAGGCACCAUUUGUUUCUUCUCCAAUGGAUACCGUUACUGAAUCAGCAAUGGCCAUUCAUAUGGCUUUGUUGGGUGGUAUUGGUAUCAUUCAUCACAACUGUACCCCGGAAGAACAAGCUGCUAUGGUUAAGAAGGUGAAGAAGUACGAAAACGGUUUCAUUAACGAUCCAUUUGUCAUUUCUCCAUCAACAACUGUUGGUGAAGUGAAGAAGAUGGGUGAAACAUAUGGUUUCACCUCUUUCCCAGUGACUGAAACUGGUAAAGUUGGUGGUAAAUUAAUUGGUAUUGUUACCUCAAGGGAUAUCCAAUUCCACGAAAAUGCAUCAUCUCUUGUCUCUGAGGUCAUGACCAAGGAUUUGGUCACCGCAAAGAAGGGUGUUUCUCUUUCCGAAGGUAACGAAAUCUUGAGAUCAUCCAAGAAGGGUAAGCUUCCAAUUGUUGAUGUUGAAGGUAAUUUGGUUUCUUUGUUGUCCAGAACUGACUUACAAAAGAAUCAAGAUUACCCUAACGCUUCUAAGUCGGCAACCACUAAACAGUUAUUAUGUGGUGCUGCUAUUGGUACUAUUGAAUCUGAUAGAGAAAGAUUAAGAUUAUUAGUCGAAGCAGGUUUAGAUGUUGUUGUCUUAGAUUCUUCUCAGGGUAACUCUGUUUUCCAAUUGAACAUGAUCAAGUGGAUCAAGGAGACAUUCCCUGAGUUGGAAGUUAUUGCAGGUAAUGUUGUUACUAGAGAACAAGCAGCUUCAUUGAUUGCAGCUGGUGCGGAUGGUUUAAGAAUCGGUAUGGGUUCUGGUUCUAUCUGUAUCACUCAAGAGGUCAUGGCAUGUGGUAGACCGCAAGGUACUGCUGUCUAUAACGUCACUGAAUUUGCAAACAAGUUUGGUGUCCCAUGUAUUGCAGAUGGUGGUGUCCAAAACAUUGGUCAUAUCACUAAGGCCAUUGCACUAGGUGCUUCUUGUGUUAUGAUGGGUGGUAUGUUGGCUGGUACCACCGAAUCUCCUGGUGAUUAUUUCUUCAGAGAUGGUAAGAGAUUAAAGACUUAUAGAGGUAUGGGUUCUAUCGAUGCUAUGCAAAAGACUGAUACUAAUGCAAACGCAUCUACUUCAAGAUAUUUCUCUGAAGGUGAUAAAGUUCUAGUUGCACAAGGUGUUUCUGGUGCUGUUUUAGAUAAGGGUUCUAUUACUAAGUUCAUUCCAUACAUUUACAAUGGUUUACAACACUCUUGUCAAGAUAUUGGUGUUAGAUCUGUUAAGGAGUUAACUGAAAAGGUUAACUCUGGUGAUGUUAGAUUUGAGCUAAGAACUCCUUCCGCCCAAUUCGAAGGUGGUGUUCACAACUUACAUUCUUAUGAAAAGAAACUGCACAACUAG